CUACAAGAUGCCAGAUGGAGGCGUAGACUUCAGACACAACUGUGCAUCUCCAACUUCUUCAUCAAUCGCGAGCAAACAGCACUCUGUUCAACAACAACUGAUUUGGGAAGAACUAGCAAUGGAAUCAGAGUUGGUACUUCAUGAAGGAGGUUGUCACUGUGGGAAAAUCAAGUGGAGAGUGAAAGCAUCAAGAAGAGUGGUGGCAUGGAGCUGCAACUGCACAGACUGUUCAAUGAGAGGAAACGUCAAUUUCGUUGUUCCUGCAAGCGACUUUGAGCUUCUUGAUGAUUCCAAAGAUUUCAUCACCACUUACACUUUUGGGACUCACACGGCCAAGCAUACCUUCUGCAAGGUCUGUGGGAUCACUUCCUUUUAUAUCCCGAGGUCUAACCCUGAUGGAGUUUCUGUCACGGUUAAGUGUGUCAAGGCGGGGACACUGGAGCACGUUGAGAUUAGAAGCUAUGAUGGUGUGAACUGGGAAAGGUCACACAAAGAGACUGGUAUUGCUUCGUCCUCCAAAGAGGCAAACUAAACUCAACUCAAAGAUUGUAAUGACCAAAGUUUUUUUGCUCAACACUUUCAAUAAGUUUCUGUGUUGUUCAAAUCUAUAAUCUGCAGAUAACUUGUUUGUGUUGCUGGGUUGCGAAGCUAGACAUAGAUUUUUACAAAAUAGUAAGCAAUGUUGAAAUUGUAUAGAAUAAGCCUUUAAAGUGUACAUACAUAUCGAAGGGAACUUGCA